CAAAGCGUGUUCAAGAAACUUGCGCCUCGUCGAAUAGAAAAUCACAAAUAAAAAGUAAAAUAUGCAAAACUGUAUAUUAUAACACUUUCGUCAAUAAUGUUGAGACCAUUAAUUGUUCUGUUCAUCGUUACAACAAACUUGUGCAAUUUUCUGGAUACCUACAAAAUAACCGCCGACGAAACAUCGAGAACAGUGAUAGAAGCUUACGAAAGACAGGGCUCCGAGCUGCAGGACGAAUACCUGCAGGAUGAGAAUUAUUCGAGUGAAGAUUCGGGUCGGGUGGUAAUUGGAAAGUGGCGGAAUAAUGGUGAAGCAUUGGAGCCAAAAUGGCGAGACGGAGAUUCCGUGCCGCUGGCACCAUUUUCGACGAUAUCGUUUACAAGCGGGUGGCGAGAAGAGCCCGACAGCGUGAUUAAAUACGACGAAAACGAACCGGUGGGGUUGAGUUUUGACUCAAGAGUCGGAAUAAAAGACCUCGACAAUACCGGAGCAGGAACAUCGCGAGAGGAAAAAAUUUACAUCGGUAUCAGGGGCGCAGAAAGGAAGCCCAAGUCGCGUGAACACAGAAAUUAUCAUCGAACCAAACUGAAGUUAGGAGAAGCGACCACCACUACAGAGGUUUACUCAUCCGUGAGUAGAAACGGGGGUGAAAAAUUAUCGGAGACGUUCAGAAGCCGCGAAGAUACGAGGAAAAAUCCUGACACCAUAGACGAUGUCGAUCAUGCAGGGACCGCGAAAAAGGCAGGAAAGUAUCGCGAGACCUUGCAAAAUUACACCAAUCAAUACGAGCUCUUCAAUGAUGGCGACAACGACGAUCCCAGACCCAGGAAACGGAGACCGCCUGGGAGUCAUGAGUUUCCGGGAUCAUGGAAGACGAUGGAAAUAAGAGAAGAAGCGUCAGAGCUCGCCGAGACGGGGGGAGAAAAUGGAAAGGAAUCAUCGCGGGAAAGCGUGGAUUUAAAAGCGUUUUUAAAAAUGCAAGGGAACAACCUGAGUCUCUCUGAGAUUUUACAACAGAAGAAUUUAACUCUGACUGAUAUCUUGAAAGGCAAGCCAGACGCUAUUAGAAUUUUGAAGUCAAAUAAGAGGGAGGAUGGAGCCGGAAAUGAAGAAGACGAAAACUCCGGGGAGGAAUCGAGUUCAACCGAAUUACCGGACAGGAGUUUGCUUGUACUUCGGAAUUCGUCGAACUAUGAAAACGGAGGACGCUGGUCACCCAGUCGAAAAAUUAUACCGACGACGAAAAGCGACGGAAACUCAAGUUUCGAGGAUCUGAACGUCGGUCUAACGAGAGUAAACCUCGAGACGAGGGUUCCUCUGGUAUUGAACAUCAGCGAAUCGUAUUCGGACUUGCUUGCACCGGAAGCUGCUAAGAAUGCGAGCAACGUAUCGUCCACCAAUGAGAUAAGACUGCCGAAUUUACGACUUGAAGAAAAUGAAGCCGGGAAUUUGAAAGCGCAGCUCAUCAAUUCGGAUAACAAGAGUUUGUCGAGCGAAACAACAACUGUUUUCAAAGAUGGUAUCGAGGCUGAUCGAAAAAUCGUUGUGAACUCUGAUGACAAAAGAUUUCUACCCGAAACUGACGACGAGGAUGAAAUUAUGGAAUUUUCUGAUUACCCUUCAAAGAUGCCAAAGUUUAUUCCACCCGUUUAUGAUAUCACGAUGCGAAAUUCCAAACGAAAACAUAUUCUGCAUGGUGCCAUCCAAAUGAACAUCCCUCAGACAGACGUGGUUGCAAAACUGGAUGCUGAACGAGUUGUGCCUCUGAAGACAAACGUGCGACCGAUUAUCAGCGACACUGAAACGAAAAUUGUGAAUAAGACAGAAACAGAAGCCAGUGGUAUUGCAAAGAAGCCACAAAAUGAAGUAUUGAAACACCUCAGAAAUCAGACUGGACAGAUAGAAUUGGCUGAAAAAAUUGUAAACACAAAUUCAAACUCAUCGGAAGGCAGACCUCUACUCAACCUGAGUAAUCUACGUAAUGACGAGAAAAAUUUUACCUUUAAUCAAAAAUUGCAUGAGGUUGUUAUACCCAAAGUGGACCCCCAAUCUCGUGCAGAGAUAUUGGAGCUUUUCAGUUCUGGAUCCAGCGCUGAGCGAUUAGAGCGGUUGUUAGCUUCCAGAAACAUGAGCAUAGAAGAAUUAAUUGCUCUGAGACAGAGAGGAUCGAGCCAAGUGCAUUUUGCUGAAGUAUUCAGAGCGAAGGAACAGAGUUCAAUGUUAUCGUCUCAGAAUCUCAAAGCCAAUCAUCAAUACCGAGAGGAAGUAGAAAAGAUUCAACCGACUAAUGAUCAGAAAAGAAAAGACAAGGUGAACAAGAGCGCUGACGAAGUUGCGGAAGCAUCUAAAGAAAGUAACGUUCCAUCGGACAGCCAGAGUAUAGAUAUGAAAUUGGAAAGUACAGAGAAAUUAAAAAUGCCGCAAGAUAAAUCAGAGGAUCAGGAUAAGGCAAAAGAAAAUUUUGGUAUUGAGGGUGAAUAUUUUGCCACAGAUUUGAUCAACUUAUUUUCUCAAAGCAAAAAUGUUACGAAAAAUAUUUCAGAUUUUGAUAAGGACAUCUCUGACUCCGAUAAGACUGUGAAAAAUCCUAUUGUAAGAUGGGAAGAGGUUGGGAUAAGGAUGGGACCCAGAACACACGCGGUUUUCAAAGAGGUUACAAAGAAUUUGGAUUUGAUACCGACGGUACAGUCGAUGACGGCGAAUAAAAAUGUUCAGAGAGAUUCAGAAGGAUCGUCGUACUAUACGAGUAUCGAAGCAGUAAAAGUGCCAGUUCUGGAUGGAGGAAUACAAGAAACGGAAAGUGUGUUUGAAGGAGUGAAAAAACCAUCAAUGAAUUUGGCAGAUUUAGAAGAGAUUGGACGUGUCGAAGAAAUACUGAAAAAUGAUAUAGAUUUGAUGAAAAAUUUGUAUGGAAUAAACGAUUACGAGUAUCCAGAAAAGAAAUCAAUUUCAAAAGUAAAGCCGAGCAUAAUAGCGAGCGGCGGUAUACUGGGAGUGACCAUUGUCAUAUUUUUGUCGAUAUUUAUCGCGUGCAGAAUUCAACAGAAAAAGAAAUUCACCUAUAGAAACUCGUUUUCGAAGGCUGUAUUCCACAACCCAGGAGCAACUGCUAGAAAACUAUCAAAUACCAGCAGCAUUAAUUCGAUAAUGGUUGACGUUGUUGCGACAUCAACGGUAAAGAGACCGCAAAAACAAUGCAAUGAUUUUGAGAACGAUGAUUUCGAAUCGAAAACAGAUAUCGAUAAUGACUCGCUCGAUGCCAAUGACAGCUGGGAAACAAUACCUGAUUUCAUGAAGUAACAACAACGCAGUUUCCACGAUUUCAUUAAUACACUAUCGUGUGCCAAGAAACAUGUUAAGGGGUUUCACGUUCACCUGAAAGACAUGAUAAUUUUGAAUGACGGGUUUGUCAAAUAAAGUUUCCGGCAUUGUCGUUCAAAUGUAGCAAUUUAAGAAUCAUUUCAAGUAUACUUAGUUGAAUGCAAUUCCACUAGCGCAUAGUCUCAAUGUUGAAAUCAAAGUUUUGAUAUCUCAUUAAAAUGUUUUAGAAUGAUACCAUUUUUCUGUUGAAUUGAUGCUAUCGCUACGAUAUAAUAUUUUGAAUAUAAUCUUAAAUAUAAUAAUUGUUUAUUAAAUAAGUAAACAAUAAGCAUCGUAAUGUACGUGCCAUUGGUUUGGCCUUGAGGUGCAUUAGUGCAAAAUAUUCAUAUGAAAUACUUGAAAGGUUUCCAGUGAACCCUGCGACUGAAAUCUCAAAUAAAUUACUUUUACUUUAAGUAUCUGAUGCAACACAUCACCGACUUUGAGUGCAGCUUAAUUAUAGGCAAUAUUAAUAAUAAAAAAAAACUAGUGAACUGCCGUAAUAAGACUGCAAGGAUGCAAAAGUUUCCCGAGAAAAACCAGUUCUCAAAAAGUAUCUCGUUCAAGACGCAUCUGCUG